AUGCAAAUUGAUGAGGACAUCGACUCUAGCAUCGACAUUUACCCGGAGGAUCUUGAAGAUGGUCCCGCAAGUCAAGAUAUAACAACAAUGAGGGAUCCACCAAGAACAAGAUCAGGAACUCGAAGACUUAGAGGAUUAUUUAUCAAGUCCGUUCAACAUCAUUUGGAUCAAGUUUACCYGGAGGAUCAAGAGAAGCGAUUAGAAGACUUGAAGAUGUUCUUCUCAAUUCAACCAUCUGCGUGA